UAGCCGUCGUCGGGCGUCCGGCCGCGGGGGAUUGUGGGACAAGAUGGCGGCCACCAUGCACCCCGGGGUUGUCUGUAGCCUGUCAAUGUCACGUUCUACUGUUGCUGCGCUCUCUAGCUGGGUGCUGCACAGCCCCCCUCGACGCCAACUUCAUCAUGCAGUGAUGCCUCAUGGGAAGGGUGGCCGGUCAUCAGUCAGUGGGGUUGUGGCCACUGUGUUUGGAGCAACUGGAUUCCUGGGCCGAUAUGUUGUUAACCAUCUUGGACGUAUGGGAUCCCAAGUGAUUGUACCCUAUCGGUGUGAUCCGUAUGAUGUCAUGCAUCUUCGGCCCAUGGGUGACCUUGGUCAGAUUAUCUUUUUGGAAUGGAAUGGGAGAGAGAAAGAUUCUAUCCAAAGAGCCGUGGAACAGAGCAACGUGGUCAUCAAUCUUGUUGGGCGAGAAUGGGAAACCAGAAACUUUAGUUUUGAGGAUGUUUAUGUGAGGAUUCCCCAAACAAUUGCUCAAGUGUGCAAAGAAGCUGGAGUUAAAAAACUGAUUCAUGUUUCACACCUAAAUGCUGAUAUUAAAAGUUCUUCUAAGUAUCUGAGAAAUAAGGCCGUGGGAGAGGAAGAAGUGAAAAAAGCAUUUCCGGAAGUCACUAUCAUAAAGCCAUCAGACUUGUUUGGAAGAGAGGAUAGAUUUCUCAAUUAUUUUGCAAAUAUCCGCUGGUUUGGUGGUGUACCCAUGGUUUCCUUGGGCAUGAGGACAGUGAAGCAACCAGUAUAUGUUGUAGAUGUUUCCAAAGGAAUUAUUAAUGCCAUUAAAGAUCCAGAUGCCUGCGGGAAAACCUACGCCUUUGUGGGGCCCAAUCGGUACCGUCUGUUUGACCUGGUGCAAUACAUCUACGCCAUGGCUCACAGACCCUUCCUCCCAUACCCUCUGCCACAUUUCGCCUAUCAGUUGGUGGGCCGACUCUUUGAGAUGAGCCCAUUUGAGCCCUGGACAACAAGGGAUAAAAUUGAGAGGGUUCAUAUCACAGACAUGGCAUUGCCUCACCUGCCUGGCUUGGAGGACCUGGGUAUCCAACCGACACCCCUGGAACUCAAGGCCAUCGAGGUGCUGCGGCGGCAUCGCACAUACCGCUGGCUGUCUUCUGAGAUAGAAGAAGUGAAGCCAGCCAAGACCGUCAACUACUAGUGUCCUCAAGCUGCCCUUGGCUUUCAGUGUGUCAUCCAGGUUUCCUGGCUAGUGACUGGCCCAAUUGUCCAAGUGUCAGCCUCGUAAUCAGUGAAUACAACCUGCCAUUAAAACAUGUGAAAAGAAAUUCA